CACACGCGCACGCACACACACACACAGGUCCUCUCAACCUUCAGAUCAGUACAUCCCACUAUGCUUUGCGAUGGGCUGACAAGUGGAUCCAAGAUGGCGUAGAAAGUAAAGCUAGACGUUUUGUCCCUGAGUCAUGGCGGACAGGAGAGCGGAGAAGUCAUGUGAAGAAGCCAGCAGAUCGUUAGUCAGGCGGGAGUACGAGGCGGCAGUCAGCCACAGCACGGACGCCCUGGUGGUCCUUGCCCCAUCCUCCGGUGCCCCUGUCCCGCCGAGCCCUCCAUCCCUUGUUGCCACCGGACCCCUUCGCAGCCGUGCCCUGCUCUACCGAAUUGCUGCCUUCCUGCAGCUGAAAAACUAUGAUGAAGCAGAUGAAGACUGCAAACAUGUCCUGGUAGAAGAGAUUGCCAGGGGAGACGGUUCGAUACAGGCCAGCUUGCGCUCCAUGCUGUUGGAUGGCAGCCUGCAGGAGGUGGCCAGCAUCCUCUCAAAAGCCUUGUAUGGGGAGCCAAUGAAUGGCAUUGUUGCAAAAGACCUGACCAGAUUAAAAAUGCUACUCUCAGAAAUAGAGGCUAUAAAUAGGGGCAUGGCACCAGAAUACACGGAUGACCAGGAGGAAGAGGUUCAAGAUGGCUGGCAGUUCCGGCCUCCUCCCCGAGGAGUCACCAGCAGUGAGGAGUACACCCUCUGUAAAAGGUACUUGGAGCAGGGUCUGUGUCGGUACGGGGCCCAGUGUACAUCAGCCCACUCGCAGGAGGAGCUGAUGGAGUGGCAGAAACGCUAUGCGUCACGCCUCAUCCGCCUCAAACAGCAGCAGGAAAGCAAACACUUCACCGAAAACUACAUGGAGACCCUGAUAGAGAAGUGGAUGAACUCCCUCUCCCCAGAGAAAGUGCUAAGUGACAGUUUAGAAGGAGUGAAUGUAGAAACCAGCUCCAGCCUCUCUGUUACCGUCACCACCAAAAAAUCUUCCCACUCCUGGACCUUCUCCUUGUUGUGCAAGCCGGCUAGAAAGCUGUACCGCAUCGCCCUGCUCUAUGAUGCCCACCGACCACAUUUCUUCAUCACAGGUGUGUCAGCGGGGGACCGGCUCCAAGCCGUCCAGAAAGGCUGCCAAGAGUGGACUCCAGGAGAGGAAACAGCAUUGGCAACAGACAAUGGCCUGGACAACUGUUUCUACAAGGUGGCAGUGAGCUUCAGCACGGAGAUCUUUGGUACCUUCCGACAGACUGUUGUUUUUGACUUCGGCUCAGAACCUGUGCUGAUGCAGCGGAUCAUGGUGGAUGCUGCCUCUAUUGAAGACCUAGAACAUUUGAUGGCAGCCAGGCAGCAGCUCUUGAUGACUGCAAAGCGCUGGGACUCUUCCUGUAAGACCAUUGUAGAAUUCAGUCCUAAUGAGACGAUGGCUGAACUGGAGCGCAGCCUCCUUUCCCGAUAUCAGAUUCCUCUAUCGGCCGACCAGCUCUUCACCCAGUCAGUCCUGGACAAGACUCUGACCAAAGACAACUACCAGGCCCGACUGCAUGACCUGCUCUACAUAGAGGAGAUUGCACAAUAUAAGGAAGUUAGCAAGUUUAACAUCAAAGUGAACCUCCAGCUUGUUACCAGCUUUAUGCUGACCGGCAUUUCUGUUGGAGCCAAGUAUGCCCAGAAUGGACAGCUCUUUGCACGCUUCAGACUCACUGAAACACUUUCUGAGGACACACUGGCUGGACGGCUAGUGAUGACCAAGGUAAAUUCAGUCCUUCUGCUGCCCUUGGGCCGUGAAGGAGUCAGCUGCCAGCCACCUCCUGGGGUCAAAGAGCGCGUUUAUGAGGCUGUGAUCGAGGAGAAGACCAAGGAAUACAUCUUCCUAAGGAUCUGCAAGGACUGCUGUGAGGAGCUGGGGCUACAGCCUGACAGAGAAAUACAGGUGGAGCUCCAGUUCCAGCUGAACAGACUGCCACUCUGUGAGAUGCACUAUGCCCUGGAUCGCAUCAAAGAUAACACCAUCCUUUUCCCUGACAUUAGCCUUGUCCCCACCAUUCCCUGGAGCCCCAACAGGCAGUGGGACGAGCAGCUGGACCCCCGUCUGAAUGCCAAGCAGAAAGAGGCCAUCCUGGCCAUCACCACACCCAUCGCUAUCCCUCUGCCCCCAGUCCUCAUCAUUGGGCCCUAUGGCACCGGAAAGACCUUCACCCUAGCACAGGCUGUCAAACACAUCCUCCGCCAGGACCACAGCAGGGUCUUGAUCUGCACCCACUCCAACAGUGCGGCUGACCUUUACAUUAAGGACUACCUUCAUCCUUACGUUGAAGCAGGCAAUCCGCAUGCCAGACCUCUCAGGGUAUACUUCAGGAACCGCUGGGUGAAGACGGUCCACCCAGUGGUCCAGCAGUACUGUCUCAUUUCCGGCACACAGGUCACUUUCCAGAUGCCGACAAGGGAGGACAUCCUCAGGCACCGUGUGGUGGUGGUCACCCUCAGCACCUCCCAAUACCUCUGCCAGCUUGACUUGGAGCCG